AUGGCCAACAUAUCCUCCGAUGUUGUUGAAGAACGGAUCAACAAAUUCGGCAAAUUAUGGAUGAUUGAUGAUCUCAUCCGUGUCCGAGGACAGGACAAAGAGCAGCUUCCCAUUCUUGGCUAUCCAAAGCAUGACCAUGAUGCUGCCGAGUACGAGUACUUUACCGGGAAGGAUCUUGACCGCAUGGUUGACGAAGCAUGUCGGGUUCUUGUGCGAGCUGGCCUUGAGGUGAACUCGUACAAGACGGUAGCACUGUUUGCACCCUCAGACCUUUCACUCAUCGUCACUUUCUUUGCCCUGUUCCGCCUAGGAUGUAAGGUGUUAACUAUCUCCAUCCGCCUAAACCAUGUAGCGUGCCUUCACUUGCUUGAGCGAGCUAACUGCGAUGUCAUGUUGUACGGGAAAACGUUCCAUAUUGACUCGAUGAUAACUGAGAUCAAAGAGUCACGCCCAGGUCUAAAGCUCGUUCAGAUCCCAGAUAGGAAUGACUUUGAUGAGCCUGAUCGUCCUGCUGAGCCAUUCCAACGUCAUAUUCCCGAUAUAGAGUCAGAGCACUCUCAGGUAACGCUCGUAAUGCACUCGUCUGGCUCGACUGGACUGCCCAAGCCGCUACUACUUUCUCACAAGGGCCUUCUAUCUUCUAUAGUGUCUGGAACAGGGCUGAGGGCGUUUAAUGCGUUGCCAUGGUACCAUCUUCAUGGCCUAAUGACUUCCAUCCAAGCAAUGUGGAUGCGUCGGCCUGCUCAUCUAUUCAAUGCUCAUCUUCCUUUGACGGCAGACAACAUGAUUUCUGCCCUCAAGGCGAUCCAGCCUGAGAUAUGCCACACGGUACCCUACGGAUUGAAACUGAUGUCCGAGAGACCAGAGGGAGUUGAUGUGCUUAGAAGGUGCAAGUUCGUGACAUCAGCAGGAGCAAAAACUCCGGAUGAGCUGGGCAAUCGGGUAGUUCGAGAGGGUGUACGACUUGGUCUGAUUUUCGGCUUAACCGAGGUCGGUCAUGUAGGUGAUUCCAUCCAUCGUGAACCUGGCGACGAUUCUUGGGACUAUAUCCGGCCGUAUAAAAACUUGCACGAGCACAUGAUGUUCAAAAAGGUCGGAACCGACGUAUACGAGUCUGUGUAUCUGAAGUCGCACCCUGCGCUCUUGAUCAGUAACUCCAAUGACCCCCCAGGAUCUUUUCAUUCAGGAGAUCUAUUUUCUCCUCACCCAACCAUAGAUUGGGCUUGGAAAUAUCUCGCUCGUGCUGACGAUAGGGUGACGUUGUUGAGCGGGGAGAAGAUUCUUCCUUUGAACAUGGAGGGUACCAUUCGUGAAAGCCCUCUUGUGCGUGAUGCACUCAUGGUCGGCAACGAUCGCCUCAUGCCUGGUCUUUUAGUCUUUCGCUCCUCAGCUGCGGCCGAACUAUCAGACGACGAGUUCAUUGCGGCUAUCCAAUCUUACAUUGAUAGAGCAAACGAGAUCGCGGAUGAGUUUGCACGGUUGACCCCUGACAUGAUAGUUCCCCUGGCUGCGGAUAUCGAAUACCCUGCCACCGACAAAAACAACAUCAUUCGAGCGGCGGCAUACGCUCACUUUAAUGACGUGAUAGAGAGCCUGUAUGCUAGAGACACUGGAAGCGCCAACGGGCUUAGCGGGAAGAACAUGAAGCUCGACGUCGAACAAUUAGAACAAUUCAUCCUCGAGCUCAUCGGCCAGAAAGCAGGUGUUCAUGUGCCAGACAUCGAAACUGAUCUAUUUGCUGCAGGAGUAGACAGUUUACGCGCUGCCCAGAUACGCAGGUUGUUGCAACGGGAUCUCGACCUUGGUGGCCAUUCUCUACGUACGAAUAUUGUUUACGACGCAGGAUCUGUGGCUAAGCUUGCUCGACUCCUCUUUGCAAUACGUAUUGGUCAGGAGUUUGAAGGCGUAUACCCAAACGCUGAAGACGAAAUCCGCAAGAUGGAAAACAUUAUUAGCGAUUUCGGUAACUUUCGGAGGUGGACACCGGGUUCGUCACCAACACCGGAUAGAGACGUAGUGGUCCUUACAGGAGCGACUGGCGCACUUGGCGCCCAUAUACUUGAUCAGCUUUUAGAUGACUCUCAGGUUGGCCAGGUCAUUUGUCUUGUCCGGGGUGACAAUGCGUUAGCUCGUAUCAACGAGUCCAUGAAGAUUCGGGCGCUUAAUUCGGCGGACGACAACACAAGGCUAGCUGGAAAGGUGAAAGCUUUGACGACGAACAACUUGGGCGCACCAAAUCUAGGCCUCUCGCCAGAAGAGUAUGCGAUAUUGCAGGAGUCAACAACUUUCAUCAUCCACGCGGCCUGGCCUGUGAACUUCAAUGUCUCGCUCGAAAGUCUGGUCCCUCACAUCAGAGGUCUGAGAAACAUUUUGGAACUAUCACUUGCAGUUCCGUUCCAGAACCCUGCGCGUGUUGCGUUCGCUAGCAGCAUAUCGACAGCAUUCCGAAUGCCGGCCCUGACCAACGUGCCCGAGGGCCCCAUACCGUCUCUUGAACACGCUGCAGCUACAGGCUAUGCGCGAUCAAAACUCAUAAGCGAGCGCAUCUGCUCCUCUGCUUCAGAGAGCGGGGCUGUAGUUGCUGUCCUUAGAAUAGGCCAAAUAUCAGCCGACACUGUCCAUGGAAUUUGGAAUGACAAGGAAGCGAUCCCGAUCCUAGUUCGAAGUGCACCUGAAGUCCACGCAUUACCACGCCUCGACGGCGGCCACGACAUCUGCGAGUGGAUGCCAGUCGACACUGUAGCUCGUGCGUGUUUACAGCUUGCCCAGGGGCUUGAUCGGAAAAACGGCGAGAUACUGUUCUACAAUCUUAAUCCGCCGCACAAAUUCUCGUGGAACCAGGAUUUCUUGCCAGCACUGCAUAAGGCUGGUCUGAAUUUCUUGGAUGUCAAUCUUAGAGAAUGGUUGGCGCGGCUGCGCUCACGGGCCGUGGAAUUGGGAUCGGCUGCCGAGGCAAAACUACCUGCUAUUAAACUCGCAGACUACUAUGAGGAGACAUAUGGUAGUGAUGCUGACACCAACGCUGGCUUGAGGUUUGAUAUUCAAAGGGCCUGCAGUGAUAGUAGCGCACUUCGCUUAUGCCCACAGAUUUUGGACGCAGGUCUGGUUCCGAACAUGCUACGGCAUUGGCUGGAUUGUGCUUCGGAUACGAGUUAA